AUGCCUCCCAAAAGACCAGCUCCAACACUCACCUCUUAUUUCAAGUCUAUUCCUGGCUCAAAAAAAGGGUCAGCUACUCUCCCUCCUGCAAAAAGACAAGCCAUCGGAUCAACAAAGCCGGCUACAGCUUUUUCCAAGCAAAACUCUCUUUCAUUUGUGAAAUUUGAUAAAGAGAAAUGGGUAGCAUCAUUAACUCCAGAGCAAAGAGAGUUACUUCAAUUGGAGAUUGAUACUUUAGAAAAAUCAUGGCUUGAAAUUUUGUACCCUGAACUUACCAAAACAUAUUUUUUAAAUCUUAAGAGAUUUUUGGCGCAAGAAAAAAAAAACAAGCAAGUUGUGUUUCCUCCAGAAGCUGAUAUAUAUUCAUGGUCUCAUCUGACGCCGUACUCCAAGGUUAAAGUUGUAAUUCUUGGCCAGGAUCCUUAUCACAAUGUCAAUCAGGCACAUGGACUUGCCUUUUCGGUAAAGCCACCAACUCCUGCUCCACCUUCUCUUAAAAAUAUGUAUAUUGCUCUUACAAAUGACUAUCCUCAGUUUAAAAAGCCGCCUCAUAAUGGUGGUUACCUGGUGAAAUGGGCUAAGCAAGGAGUUUUGAUGCUUAAUACAUGCUUGACUGUCCGCGCUCAUAAUGCAAAUUCACAUGCAAAUAAGGGCUGGGAAACUUUUACAGAAAAAGUUCUUGCUGCAAUUGCUCGUGGAAGCAUUGACGGAAAAAUAACUGUUAAUGUACAUCCAGUAUGCUUCCUUGCUUGGGGAAAUCCUGCUGGGAAACGUAUGGAUAUGAUCAAACCAGAUCCAACUAUACAUAAGGUGUUGCGAACAGUACAUCCAUCACCGCUUUCCGCAUCUAGAGGAUUUUUUUCUGCUGGUCAUUUUAGAAAAGCAAAUGAGUUUUUGGAAGAAAAGUACGGGCCCGGAGGUAUUAUUAAUUGGGCACUAACCAACGAUAACAAAAUUGACGAAAUCGAAGAAAAAUUGGCAUUAGGAAAUACACAAAAACAGGAAAAAGAGGCCAAAAAGGAAGAAAAUAAAAAAGACGAAAAAACAAAAGAUGAAUCAGAAAAUGUUUCAAAAGAGCAAGAUGAAGAAGAAUUACUGAAUAAAACUAAGGAAAACAUAUUAUCAGAGUCUGAAUUUAAUAAAAAUAAAUUGGAUUCCCUUAUCCCAGCUCGCAACCGAAUUGUCGAGCCAAUAAAAUCAACUGAUAUUACUGAAGAAGACAAAAACAAUGGGCCUCCUAGAGUUUUAACUGAACUAACGAAUGUAAACGAAAGCAAUCCUAGCUCUAACAACUAA